UUUCUCUAUCUCUAUCCUUAUUCAUAUUGUGGGAAGAAAAACAAGAACGAUGGAUGCAGUAACAAACACAGUGGCGAUCUCAUGUGCAAUAGUAGUUGUACUAUAUGCGUGGAAGAUUAUAAACAUCUUGUGGGUGAGACCAAAAAAGUUGGAGAAGUUACUGAGGAAUCAAGGUUUCAAGGGAAACAAAUACAAGUUUUUGUUUGGGGACAUGAAAGAGUUCGAAAUGUCGUUUCAACAAUCCAAAACCAAACAUAUAGAUCUAGAUGAUGAAGAUGGGGUUCUACCAUACAUUGUGCCUUUCAACCAUCAGCAUCUGCAAAAAUUUGGAAGAAGUUACUUCAAAUGGAUUGGAUGGAACCCAAGAUUGACUGUUAUGGACCCAGAGAUCAUCAAAGAUGUAUUGGUCAGAAAGAUAAAUGACUUUCAAAAGCUCACGUUCAAUCCACUGUUUGUUAAGUAUAUAGCAACGGGCUUGGUUUCCCAUGAAGGGGAUCAGUGGGCUAAGCAUAGAAAACUAAUUAAUCCAGGUUUCCAUGCGGAGAAGCUAAAGAAUAUGGCACCAGCUUUUCAUUUAAGUUGUAGUGAAAUGAUUGGGAAGUGGGAUAAACUAAUUUCAUCAAAUGGGUCAUGCGAGUUGGAUGUUUGGCCUCAUCUUCAAGCUUUAACAAGUGACGUCAUAUCAAGAACUACGUUCGGAAGUAGUUAUGAAGAAGGAGUUCGGAUAUGUGAACUCCUAAGAGAGCAAAGUGAACUUGUAAUGGAGACCUUAAAGUCACUUUACAUCCCUGGAUCUAAGUUUCUUCCAACAAAAAGGAACAUGAGGAUGAACGCAAUAAAUAAUGAAGUACAAAGUUCAAUAGGAAGCAUCAUUGAGAACAGGCUCAAGGCUAUGAAGGCAGGAGAAGGUAACUAUGAUGAUUUGCUAGGAGUAUUGCUUGAAUCUAAUAAAAAAGCGGUAGAGCAACAUCAAAACAAGAGUCAUGGGAUGACUAUCAAUGAAGUUAUUCAAGAGUGUAAAGCUUUCCACUUUGCUGGACAAGGAACAACAUCGAGCUUGAUAGUAUGGACGAUGAUUUUGUUGAGUAAACAUCAAGAAUGGCAGUCACGUGCUAGAGAAGAGGUUUUGAAUGUUUUUGGAGACAAAAAUAUGGUUAUUGAUGGGCUAAGUCAUCUAAAAGUUGUGACUAUGAUCCUUUAUGAAGUUUUAAGGCUAUAUCCUCCAUUUGUUGAAAUAAACCGCCAAGUUGUCAAGGAAACCACAAUGGGAGGAUUUUCUCUACCAUCAGGAAUUGAGAUUGCAUUACCAAUCAUACUACUUCAUUACGAUGAGCAACUUUGGGGUAGUGAUGCCAAAAAAUUUAAGCCCGAAAGGUUUUCUGAAGGAAUCUCUAAGGCAACCAAAAAUCAAGUUAUUUACUUUCCAUUCAGUUGGGGACCUCGAUUCUGCAUUGGACAAAACUUUGCGUUGCAAGAAGCUAAAAUUGCCUUGGUGUUGAUCUUACAAAAGUUCUCUUUUGAACUUUCACCAUCCUAUGUUCAUGCUCCUAAUGUGGUUCUCACCCUUGAACCGCAAAAUGGCGCACCUCUGAUUUUACAUAAACUCUAGUGGAUUAUAUAAGUGGCUAGGUAUUAUAUAAACGGCUAUGUAUUAUCAAAAUCAUAUAAUAAGAAACGAAAUGUGUAAUGCACUGGCUGUAGUGUAUUA